ACACAUUUGUGCUUCAGUACUCAUCCAAGUCUUAUUUGCUCGCGGACAAAAUGCGCUUUCUUUGCCUACCUGGUGCCUAUGGCAGUAUAGAGAAAUUCAAAGUACAACUAGCGCCACUCACGAAAGAGCUGGAAUCUGAUGGAAGCGCUUCGUUUCACUUCAUCCAGGGUCCCUACGAAGUGGCUCCGCCACAAGGCUACGAGGAUUUCUUUGGGGGGCCUCCUUACUUCAGAUUCAUCGUGCCUUCCGACGGGGAGAAUGAUACCACGGAUGUGAUCGAGCGAAUCCGCGAUUUCCCACAACUUGAAACCCCAGAGAUGACCAUGAGAGAGCUCAUGACCUAUGGAGUAGCCAAAACAGACGACAGCGCCAGAAAGACUUUGGACUAUCUGUACGAACUGUUGGAAAAGGAAGGCCCGUUCGAAGGUAUCGUGGGCUACUCCGAAGGUGCCACUAUCGCUGGAACUUUGCUGUUACACGAACAAAUGAGAGCCAAAGAGGAGGGAAGGACCCCCGUAAUCAGAUGCGCUCUGUUCUUUGGAGGAUGGCCGCCCAUGAAGCCAACACUCGAUGGCAUUGUACUCUCGGACGACAGCGACUUAAUGAUAGAUGUCCCGACGUGCCACAUUAUCGGUUCGCUGGACCCGUAUCUUCACGGCAAUAUCUCCCUUUACAAUGUAUGCGAUCCCGAUACAGCUUUCAUAUUUGACCACGCGAAGGGACAUACGCUUCCUCGGGAUAAGCACAUGGUGAAGGAGCUCGGAGACACCGUACGCAUGAUGAUAAGUGAGGUCAACUGCAGCGCACCUUCUACCCCUUGA